AUGUCAACAAGACAACAAGGGGAACGUCUGAUUGAAGCCAUUAAAGCCGGGAAAAUUAAAAUCGUCAAGGAGCUAUUGCAAAAUGGCUGCGAUCCGAACUGUCGCGUGGAUGACGUGUCAAAAUGCACUCCUGCGAUAAUCAUCGCUGUGGUGAAUAAGCGUUUUGAUUGCUUGAAAGCUUUACUAGAGCACGGCGCGGCAGUGGAUUCCCGGGAUAAGGACGGAAUGACCGCGGCCAUGUAUGCUUCGGACAUAGGAUUACAUCACUAUCUUCAUACUCUCGCUGAUCACAAAGCAGAUUUGAAUGCUGUCAAUGAGCAGGGCGCUAGUUUGUUGAUGCUUGCCGCAAAGUGGGAUAACUUUGAUUGUCUGCACUAUUUGAUAGACUCAGAUCCACCCCCUGACAUCAAUAGAAGAGACAAACACGGCCGAACGGCUUUGAUGUAUGCAGCCAUGCAUGGCAGAAUCGAUUGUUUGAAUUUGUUGAUCGAUUCCAAGGCUGACCUGAACAUUACAGAUUCUGUAAAAGGUUUUACUGCUCUCAUGUACGCGCUAGAACAGCGAGAGUCUGCUUGUGCCAACUGUUUACUUGACAAGGAGGCUAACGUUAAUGUGGUAGUUGCGGGGAAAGCUGGAGAUAUAACGGCUUUAAAUCUUGCGUUUCACAGUAGUAAAGAGGGAAACGGGGAUUCCAUGAUUGAACGACUGUUGCGGAGUGGAGCUGAUCUGGCGCUGUCCAGACUGGAUCAACAAUUUCUCCAUGAGAUGGUAGCCGGUGGAAAGAAAAGGAUUGUUCGUUUAAUGGUGAUAAACGGGUGCCCGCCAUUCGACAGAGUAUGUCGGGAGCCUUGUACGUUUAAAUUCUCGGAAUACAGAAAUCCUAUAUCGCCUCUUUGUGUAGCUCUACUUUCCGGGCAUUACGAUAUAGCCAAAUACUUCAUCGUGAACCGAUUCUUCACAAACUACGACAUGACUGUCCUGCCCAACGACCUAGGAAUACGUGCGAAAGUGCAGGGGAAAGAAGACGGCGGGGCCGAGGCUCUUGCAGUUCUUAAUUUAAUUUGUUCCGCGCCUCAAACAUUAAAUGUUCUGAGUUUUGUAACGAUCUCUGAUACAGUUUACAAGACAUCGAACGUAACUGAGCGCAGAGAUAAGAUCCAGAGAUCUGACCUUCCAGCGCCGUUGCAAUCAAGACUGUUGUUCACGACAAAAGGAUGUAAGAUUUGUAUACUUUCCUGGCACGAGCUUAGCCUCAUCGAAGAUCUAGAGAUUCAGGAAUGUACCAGCUGCAGUGAAUGUCGAGGAGAAGGUUUCAGGGUUAAAAAGCGAUAA